ACUUCACAUUGAGGUCAGUCUAUCAUGUUUCUACUAAGUGAGAUACAGAAACCAGACGCGAUUCUCCACUCGCUCUACAAUCCGCAAACAAAUGUUCUAACACUAGCCAGAAUCCACUCCAUAGACUACUACAAGGUGGACCCCCAGACGGGGUCUAAGAAGCGAAUCGUGUCCAUAGCAAUGGAGCAUGCCAUAUUUGCCAUAGCCCAGUACAAAUUGAACUCUGUGGGCCCUGCUACUGUCGUUUUUUGUGACAAUUAUGGCCUAUACCUCGUUUACAAAAAUCAGAACCUGGCUUACGUCGUUAAGGAACUUACCAGAUUGUCGCCAUUGGGUCAGCAAUUCUCGGUGGAUUCUAGUCCCGUCAUAGUAGUGGACCCAGCUGAAGUCCCUCGCUAUAUACUCUUGCAUUGCUUUCAAGGUCUUGUUCAUAAGAUCGACAUAGACCCAUUUGUAGCGACUGAAGAAGUGCCCAAGGCAACAAAGAAGCCCAGACUCAAAUCCAAAGUCAACACUCUGGCAAUGGCACAUGUAGAGUCGGUUUCUAUUGGCUCGGUUGUUGUACUGAAAAUGACAAUGUUGAAGAAUACUAGUGUAGAUAUAGUGGCCAUUCUAUACCGAGAUUUCAACUUCAACUACUCGCUUCGUUACUGGUCUGUGAAUAGCGAGACUCAUUUUUUAAAACUUGCCCUUCAGCUCGGUGAGUUUGAAGAACCUCCGACAGGUAUGUUGUCUCCAGAGCAAGGUGGAUUGUUUGUCGUUUCAAGCACCAAGAUAUUCUACUUUCCUGGCCCAAAGAAUACAGUCUAUUUGUCUAACGAAGAUAUCGACUAUUCUGUAGUUGUACGUAAUAAUGUAGUAACUAAGGAUCUCACCCAAACAAUGCCGAAAGAUAUCGUCAAGGAAUCUUUUGUCUCUCUAGAAGCUGUUGACAAUUCACGAAUAAUGGUUACAUCAAGCUCCGGUUCUACUUACAUGCUAUUCUACGUGAUGACUCUGUUAUCGGCCUCGAUUACGGUGAAGCAGCUAAACUAUAUCGAGUUGGGUAAGUCCACAAUCCCCAUUGCAAAUGGUCUUUUUCACAUCAACAAAAACGUCUUUUUCCAAGCAUCUAGAACUUCUCGUUCGGUGUUCUUUGAGGUGCUUCCCAAUAAACCACAUAUUCUUGUGAAGUCACACAUUGAUUCUUCGCCUCCUUUACUUGAUAUUGUUGUGGAUAGUGAAGCAAUUGAAACUUUCUAUUCCAGUCAUGGUGGAGAAAACGGCGGUGAACUAAGAAAAUAUUCGAAACCUAAAAGGGAAGUCAAUAUUAUUGACAGUCAACGAAUUUCGUCAUUACCCAGGCGGAUCUUGUAUGCUUCAGAAUCAGAAAUCGUUACGAUGAAUGUAGAUGGGCUGAAAGAUACUUUUGAAUGGGAUGGAGAAGAGCUCUCAAAGUCAACUUCUUCGGAUAUUCAAAUCGAUAAGCUCUUGCAAUAUAAGUCACUGUCUGGAUACAAGAUCUGUAUCACAGAAGAAGCAGUUUUGGUAAAUAAUAGAACAAAAUUGCGGGAUGAAAUUGUGUAUGGAGUGGUCUCAGACAAGGGUAGCUAUUUGGUACGCAACUCAAAGAACGAGUUGUAUCUUGCUAGACAACAUAGCAAACCCGUUAAAGUAGCCGAAUUGGAAUCAACAGUAGCCGAUCUACUUGACUUAUCGAACUCUCUUGUGUCAGUAGUAGCUGAUUGGAAGGGAAAGUGCUAUUUGAUUGUUUCUGGCAAUAAUCUACUUGUUCAUGAUAUAUCUUCAAGUUUUCUUGGAGUGAACAACGAGCCGCAAGUUAUACAUUCUACCAUAUUGGUCAAGAGUGGAAAGGAGAAUAUAGUGGAAAUGCUUGUUCAUCUUCAAAGUGGUAUUACAUUGGCAUACGAAUUCAAUUACAAAUCUGGUAAGAUUAUUCUGGGGAAAGAAAUUACUUCAUCGAAGAUACCUCAGCAAUUUGUCAAAAGUGGUGAUGGUAGUAUACUAUUGUUUAGUGAACAAGGAGCAAUUGGAUUACGAAAGGAUACUCGAUCGCAGAGUUGGAUGGCAUUUGAAUACUCAAGUAAACUAACGAAUUUACAUGACAUGUUGUUUUUGUCUUCUAACACCUUCGCUGUAUUAAAAGGUGUCAAUUUGGAAGUUUAUUCGGUUCAGUCAGGGUUUGAGGGAACGGAUUAUGCAAUUUCAUCGAUUUUUACCACUGAUGCUUGCACCAGAGUGUUGCACUUUCCGGAAUAUAACUGGAUAGUAUCCAUCUAUUCGGGAUUAAGAUACUACGAUUACGAAGGAGUGAAGCGGUAUACAUACUUGAAAUUAAUAGAUAGUUCAAAGAUGCGUACUCUCCACAAAUUCCACUUCAAGGACAAUGUUAAUCUAGAAUUUGUUGACUUGUGCAGAUUGCCAUCAGAUGGCGAAGAAGAUGAGGAGGAACUGGUUAUUUCAUUUCUUGCUCUUGUUAACAAUAAUAACGACAAGCCUAUACUUGAGUUUCACAUAAGCUCUAAUAAAAUUAGGCUUGUUCAUGGAUAUUCGAUUUCUGGUUUGAAAGGUAGUUCUGAGCUAACACUGCUGUCAAUCAGCAUUUUAGAUGAGGAAGAGUCUACGUUCCUUAUUUCGGGAAAUUUUGUAUUUGUAUGUCAAAGAACCAACGACCUUGGCGAAGUCUCUUGGGACUAUGUCAGAGAGACGCUCAAAAUGGUUCCAGUCCAUGCUGUUGCUCAGGCAAUUAUUAGCAAUGAUGAAGCUGUAAUUGGUGACGCAGUGAAUGGGCUAUUGAACUAUAACAGGACAAUGGCCGAUCUGAAGCUUAAAAAUAUACCUUUGCAGUAUGAACAUUACUUGAUGUCGUCUGUUUCGGCUUUCCUGUCAUAUGUGAUAACUGGGGAUUGUAUUGGAAACGUCUCUUUGUUAGAAGGAACUAAUCAAGUUGCUGCCUUCAAUGUAGGAGAGCAGGUGAAUGUUGUUAAGAGUUGUGCACGAGAACUCAGCAACAACUCUAAGCACUUUCAACAAAAAUUCGGUGGCUUGCGUCAGCUUGCCUAUAUUGGAACAGUUAACGGUGGGAUCUAUAAGCUAAGUGAGGUAUUUGAAAAUCCUGAAGAACCGGUGUUGGAUCAGGUUGCUACUGCAGAAUGGGCCAAGACUGAUUGGAAGAUGUUGGUUAAGAAUAGAGAUGGAACGUUUUUGCGAAAACCAGCUAUCGAUACAGUUACUGUGGGACAAAUUCAACAUUUCUUGGAAUUAUCAAUAGGUCUGGGCACACUGAGAAAGUCGAAGAAGAAGGCUGAUAAUGGAAGUAAAACAAAAUCAAAGUUAAGUAGCAUUAUUUACGAAGCAUCAUGAGUAUAUAAAUUUAGAAUACGAACU